UUAUAUUGUUAACAUGUUAUUCCUGCCUCCAUCAAAGCGAGAAACGGGUUUUGUAGUGUACGUUACCCCAUCUGCCCUGAUCACCUCAAUCCAGAUAACUAAUUCCUAACAGGUAGCGGUUAUCACUCCGGAUUCUGAUCACCUCAGUAUCUUCCGGCAACCCCGGUUCGAUUCCGGGCAAGACCUCUCUUUUUGCUCUGGCAGAGCACUCGCAGCGUCGAUAGACGCAGUGGUUGUACAUCAAUGUCAGAACGACAGUCGCCUCUGCUUUUCUUCGCGUUUCUUUUUAGCUCCAAAUUUGGGUGUCACUUGCACUAUCGCUGCUCCAGGUUCAAGUUUGCUUUGAAUGCAAUGCUUUCAGUGGUGUACAUAGAUGUGACCAGAGUCGUUUUAGACUUCCGUCUUGCUUUUGCAAAUGCCAAUCAUCCUCAAGGGUGCCUUUCCCAUUCGCCAAACGCCUCGCAAUAUGAUCCUUCCUCUUGCUUCUCCAACUUGAGCUCUGAGCUAUACAACCCCGACCACGGCUCCUCGAUUGCGUAAUUGUCUCGUAUGCUUGCUCCUGUGCUUCCUUGCCCGUCUUCAGCCACUU